UCAAGUGAAAAAAACAACAAACUAGAAAGUAAACUGUCAGCAGCGAUGAGUUCGGGUUCAAAACUGGAAGAUUUAAAUUUAACCUCAGAUGAAAUAGACCGCUUCAGCAAAGCGUUCAAAGAUGAGAAAUUCAGAGAGCUGCUGCGCGAAUACGCUGAAGAAAUCUCCAAUCCGGAGAAUAAAAAAAAAUACGAAGAAGAAAUUACCAUGAUGGAGCAGGAGAGAGGCAUGGGUGUGAAAUUCAUUCACCCUCAGCCGGGCCACGCACUGAAAACCAGUGUUAACGGGGCUCAGAAAUGCUUCGUUAACAUCUGCAGCAACGACCUGCUGAGCAAGCCGGUCUGUAAACCGGGGAAGGCGGGCGACGGCAAAGCAGGGCAGCUGUGGUCUCUGCCAUACAGUCUGGCGCCAGGGAGAGAAGACAUGGGCGCCCGGGCGGAGAGGCACAUGGUUUAUGAUGUAGUAUUUCACCCGGAUACUCUUUACAUGGCUGGGAGAAACGACAGGUUUAAGAAAAUGGUCGAUGAGACGGCCAUCGAGGCGAUCCAGAAGCAAUUUAAUGUGAAACUGGACAAGAAAAACACCAAGACCUUGAAAACGAAGUACAAAGGCGCCCCCCACCCCACUGUCAUUCGCAAACCGCUGUCCGGUGCGAAAGAAGCGGAGCCGUCAACUGAGCCGAAUGACGAGGGCGCUUUGCAAUUCCCUUACCCCUAUGACAGUAACACACACCGUGCUGCCGGCAACGGAGCGGAGGAGAGCCGAAAUGAAGCCGGGAACGUGAAGGGCGAAAUUAAAUCAGACUCGGACGAGCAAAACAAACCCACCACCCCAACUCAUGCGAUCAAAUACAGGACUUUCGUUGACUUUCAAGAUUACCGAUACUCCCGAGACUCUGCGCCCAGCACCAGACCCAGAGAGUUGGUCAUUACCAUUGAUUUGCCUUUGCUUAAAUGUGCUGGGGACGCAGACCUGGAUGUGACCGAGAACCGCUUCUUAUUGCAGUCCCAGAAACCGGCUUACAGACUGGACUUCCCACUGCCUUAUCCUGUUAAUGAAAACCAAGGGACAGCUACAUUCAUCAAAGCCAGGAAGCAGCUGGUUGUCACGUUACCUGUCCUGCCGGCGGUCCCCGAAGCCAGCAGUCAGGCGGUCUGUGAAGUGCAAAGUGAACCCGGCGGUACCGUGGAGGAGGAUCUGAGCGACAGCAACGGCACAGCGGGAUGCCGAAGCUGUGACACAAUCCCAGCCUGUGAUUCCCAGGUGCACGACAAUCUCAGAACAACUGCAAAUAAAAACACAAGCGAGCUUCCUGCCUUUCCGACAGGCGGCGUAGCCCGAGGGGGGGAAGGGGUACGUAGCGAGGACUCUAUGGAAGGAAGCGGUUCAGACGGAGAAAAAACUCUGCCAUAUGAAAGUGAUGAAGCACAACCCAUUCCCCCCGUUAAGAAAAGCGAAGUGGCAGCGGGCACGGCUCAUUACUGCGACGCACUGCCAAAUCAUUUGCAGACUCGAGUUAAAGCCGAAGCUUCUGAGAAGAGUUUGGAAGACUGCCCGUCUGAAAGCGAGCCUCGGUGCCCUACUUUCCAUUUGAGUCAAGAUAAUACGUCUGUUACUCUGUUCAUAGAUAUUAAAGGCAUUGUCCGCGAGAGCUUCAAUAGCGUGCUUACAGCUACAGCGUAUGAAGUUUCAUUUGGAACCAGCGAGCUGGAGAAGGCCUCCUAUUCACUGGUUCUCCAGUUCCCCCCUGCAUGCCAUUUACAAAGCAGUCACAGUGCUGCGGCUGUGUGUGAGCACAGCGCUCCCGUGUCUGUGCUGUUGUCCAAGUCCCCACAAAGCGUUGGCUUGUGGCAAACCUUUCGCUUUGGCAUAACAGAAAGGGACCUGCAGGAGCGUUCUUUUAGCAAUAUGGAAACUACAAAUGCACUGAAACCACCUGUGGACACUCAGACGAGUCUAAACAGCCACGCUGCAAGUGAAGUGUUCCCAAAAGACAACCUUGAAACCCAGCAAGAGCCUGGCAUCUGCUUCCAAUCUCAGAACAAGUAUAACGUAAUACUUGAUGAAACACCAAAAGCUGCGUCUGUGGUCAUGUCUAAUCCCAGCGGCAAUGUGAACGACGAGGGAUCUUCCUCUGGUGCACUCACCCAAGAGACGGGGCAGGAGGGCCACACACACAUAGCAGAGGGACUUGCCAACUCUGAUACUGCAGUCACGCCAGGGUCUCAAAUGGCCAAUGGAAAGGGUCCAGUGUUAACUAACAGCUCUGCAACAGCUGACCCACCUGCAGUGCCAAACACCAUGGAUGGAGCAACACCAAGGGAGCCAGUAUCUGUAAGCAACAACUCCCCUCCCCAUGACGCUGCAUUAGACGCCGGCACAGCUAAUACAGCACAGAAAGUGGUCCGGUUAGAGGAGAGGGUGACGCUGGGAGAUGGGAGUGAGCUGGACGAGGAUGACCUGCCCGCGGAGCAGAAGGAGGGGUCAGUGGACUGCGUGUCUGCCCCGCCAGUCAUUGAGGAAACUAACAAAGAUGGAAGUGUAACGAUUAUAAGCAAUCACACCACCUGCUCUGCAUUCUCUUUUCAAAAUAGCCUUUUAUUUGAACUGGACUAAGCGUGAAAAAAAAAAAAAAUCUUAGUAGUGACAAACAUCUUAUAGAAUGGGAAAAGACUGCGUAGAAUACGAAGUCUGAAUUCACCGGCGAGCCUUACCCUGUAAUUGUUCUUAGUGUUGACUUACAAUAAUAAUAUUAAUGAUAAUAAGAAGUGAAUGAAAAGGAAGCUCCCAUUGUGUAGAUGUUCUCUAAACAGCAUUGUGUAAAUCUGGUUCUAUAUAGAGUAUAAAUCUGGUCCUAUCGAGUUAAUCAUCCGUAUCAGAAGGGCUUCAGAAUUUACCCUGUACUCUUUAUUGUGAGAAGCAGGCCUCGUAACUCCUGGUAAAGUGUUUCCUUCUUACCAUCCUUCAAGGCUGAAAGCUUGUGCAUAAUUUAGAAUCAUGUUGUAUUUUCCAGUACAUGUCACGCUACAUUCACAGUCAUUUUCCACAGGUUUCUAUAGUGCAAAGCUGACUUGUUUUGCUUGGUGUUUUUUCCUUACCCCAUUUCACCACACACACACACACACUGCUGUCAUUGCGUGUAUUUUAAACGUGUUGAAGUCCCUGGGUUAGGUCACAGCUCCCUGUCUCCCAGGUUUCACCCAGUCUUCAGCUGCAGCUUCCCUGUGAUGCGACAUUCAAGACACAUGGCCCUUUAUUUUCCCCUAUGGGAAAUAUCGCAGCUUAAUUGGCCCCACUAUAGCGAAUGUAUGACUUUGGCAAUUAGCCCACAGUGGAAAACUGGGCCCAUGGGGUGCACAACGAGACCAAAAUGUUUAAAUAAAUUGCUAGUUUACUCAAGCUGUUGAAAUACAACCACACUUAACACCUCCAUUAGCACAGCUCAGAGUACUGCAGUACAGCAUCAGUGUUGCAUCACCCUAUAGAAUUAACUAACUUUGCUUCUGAAGUCGAAUGAAACCUGCUGAAUAAUGUUAAGUUACCAUACUGAAUUACAUACCAGCGCUUUGUAGUUUUCCAUAUACUUAUCAAAAAACUGAUGAAAAAUGUAACAUUUCGAAAUCUAACAUGAUAUACUACUGUACUGCUAUUACGCCUGCCAGCAGACGUCUGUUAAGCUGCAUUUUUUAUAAACGUUUUAAUCUAUAGAUAUUAUAAUAGAAACAAUGGACACAUUCAUACCACGCCCGUGGAUCUAGGGUCUCUUCGGGUUCCAUGGAAUCGUACACAGCAUUUACAUGAAAAGAUGUUAAAUGCAAAUACAUUAAUAUUGCUUAUGCUUUUGUUUACUAUAACUUGAACUGCGUGUGUACUGUUGUUUGUUUAGUGUGCUAUACUUUCUCAGGUCUGUAAACGGCUGUUGGAUCUCAGAAGAGGAGUGCUCUUCAAGGUUUUAAACUGCCCUCUAAGUACAGUUUAUUUGUUGUAUUUUAUAGUUUAAUUCACAGAUUGUUCCAGAAACAAUGCUGUGCAUCAGAACAAAUUGAACGGGUUCUUCCUGGUAUUUCAGGGAUGGCAAUAAGACUCCUAUUGCAUAGCACUUUCCCCCAUUCCAAGUUUUAACAUGAUCCUGAUUAGCCACGGUGUGUAACAAUCUCAGGUGUGUCUGAUUAAACUCAUAGUAUAACGGAAAUGGAUCACAGUGCUAUGCAAUGGGAGUCUUGUUUCCAUGCCUGUAAUUAAUCAUUUCCUGUGUGUUAGGUCACUUGACCGGCUUGCAGAUAGACAAGGAAGUAGCAGCACCUUUAUUGUUUCAUAGUCUUUGAACCGCCUGCACACUCCUAACUAAAUUAUAAAAUACAAGAAAAGAAAAAGAAAAGCAGGAAGAACCAGUGGAAAGAAGAAAUAAAAUCAGAUUUGCGGUUA